AUGUUUGGUUCGAACGGUGGCACCAAGGAGAGAAAAUUAACGUUGCUAAGUGCGCGCAAUUUCGACGCAGGCUCAUUAUUUGCGGAAGGCGGCAGUACGGAAGAUAUACAAUUCUGUAAAUCACGAACUAUUUCACUUGCAACGGUCAGUUCGGAUAUUCUCCGUGUUAGUGGUUAUACCAAUCAGUUCAAAUCGUUGUUGACAUCAAGGCCUGCACUACGUCGAGAAUCGGGUCCUAGUGCGCUGCUCCAGGAUUUUGAUGAACAAAGAGGGUAUUCCACUGCGGAGCGUCAGAGGGUUGGUAAUUAA